AAACAAAAUUCUGUAAAAUCGACGCAUAAACAAGGAGCCGCUGUUUGGAUAAAAAGAAAUGCUMAAACCGUCAGAUUGUUGAUGUAUGUGUCAAAUAUAUACUCCGAAUAUUUAAACUAAAGACUAUUGUCGCCCUCGAGGGGUUUUAACUCGCCUUCGGCAGCGUUUUCGACACCAAACAUGCUUCAAUCUGAUCAUCAUCUUCCACCCUUGGCGACAUCGGGACAAACUGGCAGAGAUAGAGAACGACAACGACGGAGAAAGAAACGAUUGUCCAGAGAAUUUGASGACCAUAAUGAAAGCYUAGAGUCUCCAAGCUCAAUACCAGAGCGAAUUCCUCUUCAUGAUAUGGGAGACGUUGAUAAAGUCAAUGGAUCAGCAGAGGGAAGCUCUGGGCUCACUCACGGUGGAGAAAGGUCAUCCAGAAGUCGAGAAAGAGGYAGAAGACCACGUAGAAGAUCAAGAACUGAAAACGGUGACAUAUACAAUGAUGGUAACGACAUGCAAAUGCAUACGCUAGACCUUCCUGAGAAAAAGAGACACAAAAGGCCAAUGGGGUCAAGACAUGCUCCACGAUCAGCUAGUGCUGAGGUUCUACACAGAAUGGAAGAAGAAGACCAUAUGGCUGAUGGUGAAAAUAUGAGUCCAACRAGGAGAAGAAGCAGAAGAAGAAGAGGGCAUGGUUCCAAAGACUUUGURGAUGAUGAAYUAGAUGAUUAUGGUGGUGAUGGUGGAUUAGCUCCCCCAGAACACCCAAAAAGACCAAGACCAAGAAAACACAAAACYAAAAGAAUGACAAGGCAUCAAAAUGGUACUUCUGGGGAAGAGGAGAACUACAAUGCUGAUAUGGAUGGUGAAGUUUCAAUGGUAGAUACUUUUAAGUUAGACAAAGAGGAUAUUGUCACAGAUGAUCAUGUCAUUCCUCCUCCAAACUCUACCAUAUCACAGACCUUGCCCAGUCAGCCAUUAGAUGUACUCUUUAUACAAAACAGAGAUGGGCAUGGMUUCAGAAGUGAAAGAAAAGCCAGAAUUAACCAGCUAGAAGAAGACAGAAGGAAUGCGUCACCUAUUGAUGUUGACAGAGAAAAAACAACAGCAGAAUUUGCAGUAUCUGUUCACAGAGCAUUUAGAUCGUUUGCCUUGUUUUGUCAUGGUUUAUUAGCAGGUUUUGCACUGUGCCAGUGUAUAUUUGUGUACUCGCUCAGUGGACAUACUGGAGGAAAUAAAGUAUUUUUAGAGUAUUAUUACAAGCUUGCUCAACCCGUCCAGUCCCUGUACUAUAUGCUGUUUGCUAUCUGUACAGUCUCUGUUUUUGAUAGGUGGCCUCCUAUNNNNGUGUUUUCAAUCAGUGUAGCAAACAUCGAUGAUAGAAUCAGCUUAUACAAAACUCCCCAAAAAUUAUGGGAUAAUGAAGAAACUUCGACUCUGUUAGAUACAUGGAGAAUCAUUAAUCUAAUGAGAGUAUUAGGCGCAGUACUGGGAUGGGUAUUGGUGGCUGUACAACCAACAAAGGACUACACUGCACAAAAUCUCUAUGAAGGGAACAAACUUGGAGAUGAAACURCCAGUCACAAUAGACAAGCCAUUGGCGAUACUUACCAAGCCCCUUGAAGAGAAAUAUUCAGCAUUGUUAGUAUGCUAGAAUGAAUUUCCUCCCACCAUGAAAAGAAAAAGACUUUGUCACUUAUACUGCUUGAUAAAGUCAAAGAAAACAAUGAGAGUGAAGUCUAACUAUAAGCCUUACUAUCCUUUCUUUGAUGAAGGAAAACCACAUAUGUAUAAAAAACCACAUGUAUACCAAGUCAGGCGUUGUUGGGCAGCCUGAGGAAGCAGCUUGUACAUGUAUACUGUACUAAAUUCAAAAUAUUGCCACCAAAUCAAGAAUUUUAAGUCAUAAUGAGUCUUUAUUUUGGACAUAUUACUUUAUAUUAUUAGAAAGCAAACUAUGUUUAGAAAUUGCUAUAUUAUAGAUUACUUGUAUAUAGCUUUUCAAAUGCUGUUAUGAAUAUUCUGACCUGUUUCUAGACUGUAAUAUAUGAAGAAGUCAUUGUAAAAAUUUAUUGAAUUAAAACUUAAACAAAGA